UCGGCCCCCUUUGUCCGCCUUGAAUUUUCAGGGCUCACUUCAAAACCCCAAACCCCAACUUACCCUAGUCUCAUUGCCCCUCUCUUCCUCCCCUCCUCAACUUCUAAUGGCUUCCCUAACUCUACACUAUCUCCUUUGCUUCUUCCUCGCCUUCCUCGUUCUCGGCCCUGACGGCCGUUCCGCCACGGCCCAGCUCGACGAGGCGAGCGUGAAGCUAGUAACCGACAAUAUGGACCUUGCCACGGCAAUGGCAAUGUAUCAACAGUUCAAUGAGGAGGACAGCGAGGACGAUGAGGACGAGAUGGAUGUGGAGAAUGGCUACGGGCGUAGAUCUCUGUUCUGGAGGAGAAUGAGGUACUACAUUUCUUACGGUGCUCUCUCGGCGAAUAGGAUCCCAUGCCCGCCUCGGUCCGGGAGGUCUUACUACACCAACAAUUGCUUCAAAGCUAGAGGCCCAGUUCAUCCUUACACCAGAGGCUGCUCUAGGAUCACUCGCUGCAGAAGGUGAAGUGUUCUUUGGAGGAAAGGCGCGCAGGUCCAUUUGGUAGUAUUUCUCUUGUGUUCUUCAGCUGGGUUUGUUGGGUUGAGUGUUAGUAGUUCAAGCUUUUGGGUUAUAGGUUGCUGCUACUCCUGGGCAUCUACUUGAUGCUUCAGGACUAAGAUUGUGAUGCUGUGUUAUGCAGAUCUUGCUACUCAUGCUUUGUAAUAUGCUACAUGGAAUUAGUUGGAUUAUGAUUAUAUAUAGAUUGUAAUUGGUAUUA